AUGCUCUCAUUUUCAUUAAAAUAUCACUUUGGGUAUUUUUGUUUCUUCGUAAAUUACAUUUUUCCUUCAGAUUAUCACAGGGCGCAAAUCUUACGCCUGCAAGAUAGGCUUUACACAGAGCAUGCGUGUUUCGAUGGCGAUAUAAAUUCAGGCGUUUUCGCCCAAAUUUUUGGGAUAUUUUCAAAUGGCAACGUUAAUAGAGGAGUUUCAAAAGACCUGGUUAACAUCCAUAAUCGGAAUAGGUUUACUAGGUGUCGGUUUAUGGCUUCUAACGUGGAACGAAGGUAGAGCCGUACAUCAUGCACAUUCUUUAGAUGAAACUUAUAAUAACGCAGUUAGUCUGAAUGUUUAUGAGCCAAUUAGACCAGAGUUAAAUGACAGGGUAGUUUAUAUAAGUGGUAAUUUGAAGAUCGAUGAACCUUUGACUGAACCUGAGUAUGGAGUCUCUAUGCAAGCCGUUAAGCUCAAAAGAAGGGUGCAGAUGUAUCAGUGGAUUGAAGAAAGAACCCCCAGAGACAAUAUACAGGCGGACAGUAUCGCUGCCGAAUCAUAUACACAUGAUUAUUACUAUGUAACAGAAUGGAGAGAUAAAUUAGUGGAUAGCAGUAGUUUUUAUAUUAGACAUGGGCAUCAAAAUCCUCCCGAAAUACCAUUGAAGACUGUAGUGUAUACAGCAUCUAGCGUCAAAGUGGGACCUCUAGACUUAGGUAAGGAAAUAAAGGAGAAAUUUACUGAUUGGAUUGAGGUGACAGGAGAUGAAAGACCUGAAAGAAAAGACGUAAAACUGCACAUGGGUAUUUAUUAUCAUUCAGAUGAUGUUUGGAAUCCUGAAGUGGGAGAUAUAAGGGUUCAGUUUUAUUACGCAGGAGCUACAGGGGAACCUGUAAGCAUAAUUGCGAGACAAAAAGGUAAUGAAUUAGUACCUUAUUACACCACCAAGGGGCAUGAUAUUGCAUUACUUAGGCAUGGAAAUUUGAACAUAAACCAAAUGUUCACUGCUGAACAUUCCGAUGCAAGAAUGGAGACAUGGAAAUUAAGAGGAGUUGGAGUUUUUUGCGUUUACGCCGCCUCCGUUUGUUUGGCGAGGAUUUUAAAGAUUCUAUUGUCUCAAGUUCCAUUCUUGGGAAGUUUAACUUCAGACACAGUGUCCUUCCAAAAUUUAACGUUGUCACUGUCGACUUCAUUGGUUGUGAUAGCCAUAGCCUGGAUUUUCUACAGGCCGUUUUUGGGGGCCGGACUGAUUUUGGCCGCGUUUAGUCCGUUUUUUUACUGCACCAUGGGCGUAUACAAUAUGGCGCAAAAUGUGAAUCCAACAAGGUGA